UCGGGUCUUGUCCGGAAGGAGACAGGCGGCUGGCCUCAAAUGGCCUGGAAUGCUAAAGCACGCUUAGCAAAGCCCGGUCAGGCCAGCUCUCCUGCGAUGCGCACCCACCGAGGUUCCCAGGAUCUGAGCCCGAAGAGCAGGCCCUUCUGGGGCCUGCUUAGCCUGCGAACGGGCAGACCCUCCCGGCCGGCCACCGCGUGGUUCCGGCAGGGCCAGUGCACUCCCCCUGGAGCCCAGUGCCCUGAUGAGCGGCUGCGGAUGGGGAGUGCGGCGGCACUUGGAACAGGGGCAGUUAACAAGUGUUUAAAACUUGGGCUAAACCAGAAGAUCAGAGCGGGACCUCCCUGGGUCCACCCCUCGACCCGGAGGCAGAGGAUGCGGCGCAAACUCCAGGAGCUUUGAACCUCGCGGCUCUCCAUACGGACCCUUCGGACCCGGCGUGGUCUCGUUCCCGCGCUUUCUGGCGUGCAGGGGUCAGAGGGUGCUGCGCAGGCGCACGGAGCCGAGGCGGCGGUCAUGGGCGAGGCGGCAGGUGCUGAGGAGGCCUGCAGGCACAUGGGAACUAAAGAAGAAUUCGUUAAAGUCAGGAAGAAGGACCUGGAACGGCUGACAACUGAAGUGAUGCAAAUACGGGACUUUUUACCCAGAAUACUAAACGGGGAGGUCCUGGAAAGCUUCCAGAAAUUAAAGAUCGUAGAAAAAAACCUGGAAAGGAAAGAGCAAGAAUUGGAGCAGCUGAAAUUGGACUGCGAGCAUUUCAAAGCCCGCCUGGAAACGGUGCAGGCCGACAGUGGGAGGGAGAAGAAGAUGGGGUCUUGCUGUGAUGCUUGGGCUGUUCUCAGACUGCUGGGCACAAGGGAUCUUCCUGCCUUAGCCUCUCAGGAGAAGCUGGCUCUUCGACAGCAGCUGAAUGAAGCAAAGCAGCAGCUUCUACAGCAGGCAGAGUAUUGUACAGAAAUGGGAGCGGCCACCUGCACCCUCCUGUGGGGUGUCUCCAGCAGCGAGGAAGUUGUCAAAGCCAUUCUGGGAGGAGAUAAAGCUUUGAAGUUUUUCCACAUCACUGGCCAAACAAUGGAAAGUUUUGUGAAGUCGCUGGAUGGGGAUGUCAAGGAGCUCGAUUCUGAUGAAAAUCAGUUUGUUUUUGCUUUGGCUGGAAUUGUAACAAAUGUUGCUGCGAUAGCAUGUGGUCGUGAAUUCUUGGUUAAUUCCAGUCGGGUGCUCUUGGACACCAUGUUGCAGCUGCUGGGGGACUUGAAGCCUGGACAGUGCACCAGACUCAAAGUGUUAAUGCUGAUGUCCCUGUACAAUGUGAGCAUCAACUUGAAAGGCUUGAAAUACAUCAGUGAGAGCCCUGGAUUCAUCCCUUUGCUCUGGUGGCUUUUGAGUGAUCCAGAUGCAGAGGUGUGUCUUCAUGUACUGAGGCUAGUCCAGUCUGUGGUUCUGGAACCAGAAGUCUUCUCCAAGUCAGCCUCUGAGUUCCGGAGCUCCCUGCCCCUGCAGCGCAUCUUGGCCAUGUCUGAGAGCCGCAACGCCCACCUGCAGACCGUGGCCCAGGAGCUCCUGGAAGACCUCCGUGCCUUGGAGCAGGGUGUGUAGGUGCAUUGGGCCACCAUGGGCUUGGUGAGAAUGCCAUGUCCCUCCCCUCCCCAGGUCCCUCACUUUGUAGUCAGAGCCAUCACCGUGAGCUGUGUGUUAGAGGCAGCUCUCUGCAAUAGACUAGAGAUGGAUGUGAGUGGAUCCGCGACCCACGUCAGUGUGACCUAGAAGAGCCUUUCUGAGAGCCUCGGCUUGCUGCCUGUAGACUGCCAUGACUGAAGAUAAUCCCCUACCUCGUGGCCAGCAUUUCUUUGAAAAGCACUUCAUUCUUUCUAGUAAUUAUAAAAUCCCUAAAAUGCAGGUUUACCUUUGUGACCUUUUGGUGACCAUGCUAUUACAGAUGACAUUGGACAUUUUAGCUCUUUAUUUUUUGUGCCUCUUUCAUUUUUGAAUAAAGAAAGUCAGAUGA